AUGGAAAACGAGAGCCUCGAGACCAGCCCCAGCUCGCGGUUAAAGACGAAGUCGGGCGACGCCGAUUAUGGCAGCACGGGGGCCAGUGGCAGCCUGGGCCGGCCGAGUCCAGACGACGCAGAAAGGCGCGGUUUGACCAAUUGGUGUUAUGAUCUGGAGUCCACUUUCGGCUACAAGAUCCUCACGGUUAUAUUCAGCGCUCAGCACGUCAUGAAGGGAUUCGUAUACUACCUGACUGCGGCUGCAGAGCCGUACGUGUACACGAGCUACAGCGUCUCCGCAGUGCAAAUGCAGAUCUACGCGGGCGUGACGAUCUUGCCAUGGUCGCUGAAGCCCAUGGUGGGGCUUCUGAGCGACGUCCUGCCAGUGCGGGGCUACAACAAGGCGCCCUACUUCAUCGGGGCCAGCGUGCUCGGUGCCGCUGGGAUGCUGACUGUCGGGCUGGCUCCAGUCGGCGGGCUUCCCACAACCGUGCUGGUGAUGUGCUUCUUCGUCGUUUCGCUGCAGAUCUCCACCUGCGACCUCCUCGUCGAGGCCAAGUACUCCACGAAGCUCCAGGACCACCCGCUGCACGGCCCCGACCUGCUGAGCUACGUCUGGUUCGGCCUCACGCUCGGCGGACUGAUAGGCUACGCGCUGUCCGGCGUGAUCAUCGUUGACCUCGGGGCGGAGUGGGCCUACCUCAUCUGUGGGGUCCCCGCGGCGCUCGUGAUUCUGCCGGUGGCGAUGGGCUUCCUCGAGGAGCGGGUCCAGACGAGCGACGACGUGCGGGCCACCCGCAGGAGGUUCCUCGUCGACCAGAGCGAGACGUGCGUCCUGUGCCUGCUGAUGUUUUUCGGUGACGCGGUGGUGUUGGUGGUGGGCCUGAGUUAUUCAAGACCGCGGCGGUGA